AUGAGCAACGUUAAAAGUGGCUGGUUGAAGAAAUUUUGCAUGCUUUCAUUUUUACGUUAUAAGUCAAGUACUGUAGCCAAGAAGCAUGUUUAUGGGUCUGGUCUCGUUAAUACUGGCAGCAUGUUUUCAAAUUCAAAACUGCGAUCGGUUGGCGGUUUGUUCCAAUUUCGGAAACCAACACAUAUAAUUUAUUUCAUGUCAAAAGGUAUCCGAAGAGUAGCUGCGGGUUUUGGAUUCUCUGUAUUUGCAUCUAGCGACAGAGUUUACGGCGGUGGUGUAGAAAUAUUCAGCAAUGACCUGCAUUCUGCAGGCUACUGGCGGAAUGGCAAACGUUUAGUAAUUCCUGGUUUUUCGGGGAAUAUUGUUGACAUUGCCGCAGGCAGAAGGCACUUCUUAGUAGCCACAGAAAAGAAAGUUUAUGCAUUUGGUGAUAAUGCACACGGACAGUGCGGGAAGGAUCCUGAAAAAUGUCCAUUUAUAAUUCCCUCUGACACUUCCGAUAGUAGUGUCCAAAUUCCAUCUCAAGCAUCUGUUAAGCAGGUUCAUUGUACAUUAGAUACUUCAUUUGUAUUGUUGGAAUCUGGCGAGUUGUUCUCUUUUGGACUGGGUACUGAUGGACAGUUGGGUAGAAAUGGAGGACCAAGGGAUUGGCACUGUUUACCUGUUGAAGGUGAUUUGAAAGGUGUUCAGGUUACUUCAAUAAAAGGCAGUACAGAUACUUUGUGUGCUAUCACCACCUCCGGCGAUCUUUUUAUGUGGGGGCAGAAUGAAUAUGAACAAAUGUCACCGUUUUCAAAUCAGAUACAGGUUUUACAUCCUGUAGAAAUACGGUUACGCCUGGGAAAAAUUUCCGCGGCUGACACGACGGCCACUUCGUCUCUGAUACUGAAUUCGGAAGGAGAAGUUUAUGUCUGGGGUUUUGGAGUAGUCGGUCAGGGCCCCGAUAUAAGUGUUCUGAAAAGACCUGUUCUGAUACAUCCGAAUGUAUUUUCCAGUGGCACAGACGACUCUGGGAAAGUUAAACAAAUUUUCGCCGGCAAUACUUCGAUGUUCGCUUUAUCGAAACACCGUAACCUAUAUGCUUGGGGAAUUAAUCGGUUUUCACACCUAGGUAUAGGCAGUGAAAAGGACCAGUACUUUCCAUGCCAAGUGGUUCUUCCACGACCAGCUUGUGAUUUAUCGGUGGCUCCAGACCAUACUUUAUUUUUGGUGUGA